AUGGGUCGUUUUGUGGGCAGACAAUUGUCAACCAUGAAGGCCCUCUUUGCGCUAAUUGCUGCUGCUCUUCCCCUCGUCUCUGCCUCAGGGUCGGUUUUCUCUGCAGUCUCGGUGAACGGUGUCGACCAAGGACACGCUGUCGGCGUCCGGGUCCCCACCGCCAACACGGCAGUCACCAACGUCAACUCGGCCGACCUCACGUGCAACAAGAACUUCAUUCAGCCCGUGUCGCAGGCGGUCAUCAGCGUGCCCGCCGGGUCGCAAGUGACUGCACAGUUCCACAAAACGGCUGCCGGGUAUCUCGGCCCGGACCCUUCGGAGCCGCUCGACCCCACGAAUAAAGGGCCUGUGGUUGCUUGGCUCGCGUCGGUCCCAUCCGCAACCCAAACCAAUGUUUCAGGUCUAAAAUGGUUUAAAAUCUGGCAAAGCGGACUCAACUCUGAGACCGGCCAGUGGGCAUCUGACGCACUCUACGUCAACAAAGGCAAUGUCACCUUCCCCGUACCGAGUUGUCUUCCCAACGGAGACUACCUCCUGCGUGUCGAAUACAUCGGCCUGGAAUAUGCUACAUCCUAUCCUGGUGCCCAGUUCUUCAUGAGCUGCGCUCAAAUCCACAUCAGCGGUUCCGACGGGACUAAUGCUAGCCCCUCGACCGUCAGCAUCCCAGGAGCAUAUGCACCGUCCGAUAUGGUCCUCGACUCGCUCGUGGGGAUCGACAGCUACACGAUCCCUGGACCGGACGUGUUCACUUGCUAG